GCCAACUAGCAAAAUUUGGCAGCUCCUCUAUUGACAUGGUAGUUCACGUGAUCUGGUUUUAGGGUUUUUCUUUUUUGUUUUCUUCCAUUAAACUCUGAACUCUCACUCCUUGUAUCCUAUAUAACCCUUCUCCAUUCUCCAUAAACUUUACCAGUACCAACAAUGGAGACCUCCAAGAUUUCCGCUCUCCUCCUCAUUUGCAUGCUUUUCAUCUCCUCCGCAGCCCCCAUUCUCGGCUGCGGCACCUGCAAGCCUCCCAAGAAACACAAGUCCAAGCCCAAGAAACCACCUGUCCACGUCCCACCGGUCAUUGUCAAGCCGCCGAUCGUCCCUAUCCCACCCAUCGUCAAGCCUCCGAUCAAUAUCCCUCCGGUACUUCCUGUCCCUCCGGUACUUCCCGUCCCUCCGGUACUUCCCAUCCCUCCGGUACUUCCCAUCCCUCCGGUGCUUCCCGUCCCUCCGGUACUUCCAGUGCCUCCGGUGAUAACAAACCCACCAAAGGGGAAGACACCAUGCCCCACGCCACCAGGACCUGCGCCGACGCCGAAGCCAGCGACGUGCCCCAUUGACACGCUGAAGUUGGGGGCUUGUGUAGAUCUUCUGGGCGGUUUAGUGCACAUUGGAAUUGGUGACCCGGCGGUGAAUGAGUGCUGCCCCAUCUUGCAAGGGCUCGUGGAGCUUGAAGCUGCUGUUUGCCUCUGCACGACAUUGAAGUUGAAGCUUCUGAACCUCAACGUUUACGUGCCAAUUGCUCUUCAGCUUCUCAUUACUUGUGGCAAGACACCACCACCUGGCUACACCUGCUCUCUCUAAGAUAGAUUCCAGUUGGUAGAAAAUUGAUGGAUGAAAUGGAUCGACAUGAGAGGAUGUCGAGCCUCAAUCUCUUUUCUUUUCUCUCUUCUUCUUCUUCUUCUUCUUCUUCUUCUGGAAUUUGGUGAUGUUGUGUUAUAUUGAUUAUUGUGUAAACCAUUUGUUUGUAAGUUUAAUCUUCAAUAUUAUGUAAUUUGUGUUUAGACAACCAACCAA